GAAAGCACACCAGAAAUAAAGCUGCUUCUCUCUCUCUCUUCACCUCUCUCUUUCUCUCUCUAGGCGCGAGCUCUUCAACCGCCACACACACACACAAUUUCACUGCUGUUGAUUCGAAUUCGUUGUUGGUGAAUGUGAUUUGAGAAAUUUACGAGGUUUGAAACUCAAUCGACGACGAUCGUGAGCUCGGAGCUCGCUGCCAUGGCGAAUAAUCCAGGCGAGGCCCCGUCCGACGACUUCCUCGAGCAGAUUCUAGGGUUCCAGGGCUACGGUACCGGCGCCGAUGAAAAUUUGGCCGGAGGCGACGCGGCGGCGGCGCCUUCGCCGGCGAUGAUGCUGCAGCUCGGCUCGCCUCACUUGGGAGGCCCCAUGGGGGUCGGUCUCGGCGGCGGAUACGGCGUCGGAGGUGGUGGUACGGGUGCGGCGGGUUUCCCGUUGGGGUUGAGCUUGGAGCAGGGGAAAGCGGGGUUCAACGACGCCUUUGGGAGCGGGAGGAGGUUCUUCCGCGAUGAUGCCUUUGAUUCCCGCGGCGCCGCUUCUGUUAAACCGGGAUUUCAUGGUCAGCCAAUGACAAAUACUGUUCCUGCAGCGCCUCAACCUCAGCCUCCUGCAGUUCGUCCAAGGGUACGAGCUAGACGAGGCCAAGCAACAGAUCCACACAGUAUCGCUGAGAGGUUGCGGAGAGAAAGAAUUGCUGAAAGAAUACGAGCAUUGCAAGAUUUAGUUCCCAGUGUCAAUAAGACUGAUAGAGCAGCUAUGCUUGAUGAAAUUGUGGAUUAUGUGAAGUUCUUGAGACUCCAAGUGAAGGUGUUGAGCAUGAGUAGAUUGGGAGGGGCCGGUGCAGUGGCUCCACUUGUCACAGACAUCCCAAUAUCAUCUGUGGAGGAAGAAGGCAGUGACGGGGGAAGAACGCAGCCAGCCUGGGAGAAGUGGUCGAACGAUGGUACCGAACGACAGGUCGCUAAGCUUAUGGAAGAAAACGUGGGUGCUGCAAUGCAAUUUCUUCAAUCCAAGGCCCUCUGCCUUAUGCCAAUAUCCCUUGCCUCUGCAAUCUACGACGCCCAGCCUCCAGACACCGUGCCACUCGUGAAACCCGAGUCUAGCCCCCCGUCGUAAAUCCCCCCAAGGGAGAUGUGCGUGCAACUUGGUGGGGUUGGAGGUAAAAAUGUCAAUGCUCUCUUUAUGAUGAUGUUUUUCCAUCAUAUGGGGUUGGCUGCUUUGGUGAUGAAAGCAGUUUAGUGGUGGGGAUAUGCUGAUUUUGGUAGUGGAUUCGGGGACCCUUUUUCGAUGUGGUUGGGGGUGUAUAUAUAAUGUAAUUUUAGUGUUAUUUAUCUUCAGUGGAAUUGAAUGGUUAGAAAUCUGGAUAAUGGUUUUAUUAUUAUUAUUUUCCCAGAAAAGUAGGACGCUUAGUCCAAUGCAAACUCACUUUCUAUCA